AUGGAUAAAUUAAACAAAAGCGCAACUGCAAAUGAUUUAGAAACAAUUCAAAGUUCCAGAAAAUCAGCAUCUAAAAUACGGCUUUCAAUUGAAGAAAGUCAAACCAAAAUUGGAUCGAAUCGUGAUAGAUAUGGUUUCAAGAAGAAAUCAAACUUUGUUAGUGAAUUAGAAUAUAAUGAUUGGUGGGUAGAUUAUUCAAAACAUUGUGCAAGACGUAAAAAAAAAUGGGAAACUUUAAUGAUCAAAAGUGGUUUAAGCUUAGAUAAUGAUAACCCUGAAAGAUUCCCUGCAAGAUCUGAAAAAUUGAAACGAUACAUUAGAAAAGGUAUUCCUGCUGAAUGGAGAGGUAAUGCAUGGUGGUAUUUUGCUAAAGGUCAAGACAAACUUAACAGUAACAAAGGGUUAUAUGAUAAAUUGGUUGAAUCAACUGUUAACAUGCAUAAUAAAGAUACAGAGAUUAUAGAGAGGGAUUUAAAUAGAACUUUCCCAGAUAAUAUUCAUUUUAGACCUGAAAGAACAAGCUCCACAGUAACUCCUGAAACACCUUUGAUUCAAGCACUAAGAAGAGUAUUGGUUGCAUUUGCUACAUAUCAACCUUCAAUUGGUUAUUGUCAAUCUUUAAAUUUCAUUGUUGGUUUACUUUUAAUCUUUAUGGAUGAAGAGAAGGCAUUUUGGAUGUUGGUUAUAAUAACUUCAAAAUAUUUACCAGGUGUUCAUGAAAUCAAUUUAGAAGGUGUUAAUAUUGAUCAAGGUGUUUUAAUGCUAACUAUAAAGGAAUAUUUACCAGAGACUUGGCAAAAAAUCAUUAGUAUAAACUUUGAUGAUUCAAUUGAUCCAAACAGUGAACAUUAUGAUUUCUUGGUUAAAUUACCCCCAGUUACGCUGUGUACUUCAAGUUGGUUUAUGAGUGCUUUUAUUGGAAUUUUACCUAUAGAGACCACUUUGAGAGUUUGGGACUGUUUUUUCUAUGAAGAAUCAAGUUUUUUCUUCAAAACUUCAUUAUCAAUUUUCAAAUUAUUAGAACCAAGAUUAAUUGUACAUCAUGAUGAAAUGGAAGUUUUCCAAAUCAUUCAAAAUGCUCCAAAAUCAAUAAUAGAUCCUUCAACUUUAUUUGAUUUAAUUUUUAAAAAAAAACAUGGGUUUAAUAAUUUAACACAAGAAGAUAUCAACAGAUGCAGGAAAUUUGUUGGAGAACGAAGACAAAAAUAUAAAGAAUCUUCAGAUAUUAAUGAUGCUAAUUUUAAUAGAGGCUUAUUAAAUGAAUCUUUAUGGCAACCUGAUGUUUAUGGUUUUAAGAAAGGUUUGCCAGGUGUUCAUUGGAAUAAAAAUCUUACAAGAAGAAUGAGAAACCUUCGAAAGAAACCAACGUAA